AUGCUUCUCGAUCAUAUGGCAGGACGAAAUCGGAACUUUUUGGUAGCCGCAGGGGUAGCCAUUCUGAACGAGCGAGAUGAUGCUGAAGUCAGGAAAAUCGAGGUAGAAUCUGAGGUAAUAAACGGACGACCAACGCAUAACUACCAACUUUUUAAAGGUGUCGCCAGCCCCAUCAAUUCCAACCUAGGGGCUCCUCGAACUUCACGACCGACAAGGGUAGCAAGGCAAGGCUACACUCGCGAGAGACCUCUGCGGAUGCCAGGCAUUGCCAAUUGA